AUGAAGACCCUCUCCUUCGCCGCCGCGGCCGCGCUCCUUGCGCAGAACGUCGCUGGCCAGAACAUGCUUCGAUUCGCGUGCUCGCAGCUCGUCGUCGACCGUGUCGACCCCAUUGUCAACCCCGGCAUGCUCUACACCCCCCAUCUUCACCAGAUUGUCGGUGGUAACUCGUUCAACAUCACCAUGGACCCCGCCGAGCACGAUCUCGCCGCCCAGUCCACUUGCACGUCCUGCUCCUUCGUUGAGGAUCUUUCCAACUACUGGACUGCCGUCAUGUUCUUCAAGUCCAAGGACGGCCGGUACCACCGUGUCCAGCAGGUCGGCAAUGGUGGUCCCCAGGGCAAGCUUAUCAACAACGGUGGUCUUGAUGUCUACUACAUCCCCAGCGGAAAGACCACUGCUUUUGCCAAGGGUUUCCGUAUGAUUGCUGGUGAUGCCGGUAACACCGAGGACAGCAAGGUCAGCAGGGGCAACAUCUGCCACAGGUGCUGGACCUCCCCCAACGAGAACACUUUCGUCGGCGGCGCUCCCUGCUCCGGCUCCGACACCGUUGCCAUCCCCAAGAGCCCCACUUGCAAGAUGAUCCGUCAGACCAUCAUCUUCCCCACCUGCUGGGAUGGCAAGAACCUCGACUCCGUCGACCACAAGACCCACGUCGCCUACAGUGGUGGUUUCGGUGGCGCCAACGGUGGUGGUGCCUGCCCUGCUUCUCACCCCGUCAAGCUUCCCCAGGUCAUGUUCGAGCUCAUGUGGAACGUCACCGAGUUCUCCGACCAGAGCCAGUGGCCCACCGACGGCUCCGACCCCUUCAUCUACUCCAUGGAUCUCGGUGGCUCUGCUGCUCACGGUGACUACGUCUUCGGCUGGAAGGACGAUACCCUCCAGAAGGCCAUGGACCAGGGCUGCAACCUCAACCACGACUGCCCCGGAGCCGGCCUCCACUACCAGCCUCCCGAGAAGUACAACGCUUGCACCAUUCCCCAGCAGGCCCCCGAGCCCGUCGACGGCUGGCUCCAGGCUCUCCCUCUUGGCGGCUCCAUCGUCAAGGCAUAA